CAAUCAGCUUGCGCGCGCGGCGUAGCGGUUUCAGUAAUGGCGUCUGUGGCUGAGAUGCGCUUGGCUUUAGAAAAAUGAAGCGUAGAAGAACUUACUUCUUGUACUGAAAACGCGGGGUUUCCAUUCGUGAACUUUGCGUGUGAAGCCGUGUCAUCUCGCGGAGGUUUGCGCUCUGAUAUUCGCCAGUUCCCGACGUGCCGAGAUGAUGAAGCUGAAGUCUAACCAAACUCGCACCUAUGAUGGAGAUGGGUAUAAGAAGCGGGCCGCCUGCCUGUGCUUCAGGAGCGAGACCGAGGAGGAGGUGCUGUUGGUGAGUAGCAGCCGACAUCCUGAUAAGUGGAUUGUGCCCGGAGGAGGAAUGGAACCGGACGAAGAGCCCAACGUUGCUGCUGUUCGAGAAGUGUGUGAAGAGGCUGGUGUCAAGGGCACUUUAGGAAGACUAGUAGGAAUAUUUGAGAAUUUAUUUUCUACAAUCAAGCCGCAAACGCCAAUGGAAGAAUCCAGUUGGAUUUUUGUCGGGGGAACCAGGGUGAUGUUCACUUCCGGGUUGGCCUACAGAAACACGUCAUGCCUGCAGCACUUUAUAUCGUUGGACUCUGUGUUCCAGAACGCGAACCAGGAUAGGAAACACAGGACGUACGUGUAUGUUCUCAUUGUAAAAGAAGUAUUGGAAGACUGGGAAGACUCUCUAAACAUUGGGAGAAAAAGGGAAUGGUUUAAAAUAGACGAUGCCAUACAAGUGUUGCAGUGUCACAAGCCAGUGCAGGCCACCUACUUCGAGGCUCUACAGGAGAGCUGCCUGACCAGCAACGGCACUCCUCUAGUGGCCACGAUAGCUGAAGACCUCUCACCCAGCUACAACAUCAGUCAGAGCUCUGUUUCUGAUAUCAGAUAACUAACGCACAACACUGACACUCCGGAUGCUUCCGCCACCACUCUCGCUCUUAUUCUUUCAGUAUUCUUUUUUUUUUCUCUUUCUUUUUUUCCUUUUCUCUUAAAAUACAGUUUGCCUUGCCAACCCUUUUUUUUGUGCCAGAGAGGUGGCACAAACUUGACAAAGUGUUGGAUAAAUAUUCAAAAACAUGUUUUGUAAAUGUAAAUUUAAUGUUUGUCGCUCUCUACUCUGAUUUACCACCCACCCCCCCAACACACACACACCUCUCCUUAAGAAUGGACAGUUGCAUGAACACCCCCCCCCCCCCCCCCCUUACUCUUUUUCCCUUUAGUGCCCUCUGUGACCCAAGUGUGAGGUUAAAUGAAUGCAAGAACUACUUUUUACUGUUGUGAUGUAAAUACACGUAGCCUAGUGCUUAUGCUUGAGGCUUUUCAAUAUUUUUUACGCAUCCAUUUUUCUUGUAUGUGAGCGCGAGUGAGCAUGUAUUUGUGUGAGUAGUGCGAGUAUGUGUUUGUUCUCGGAAACCACCCCAACAACGAGAAGGAAAUGCUUAGUUGCCUGAACGGACGGAGUUGGCGAGAGGUCAGUUGGUUUGCAUGAGCACUGAUAUUUAUUUGUCUUACAAGUUUGGGAACUGAUGAAUGUUCAACCUGUAUUUGGUGUCAGUAGGUCUUUUGAGUGAUCUCUUCCUCCUCUUUUUUUUUUUUUUUUUUGCCCCCUUGCCAUUUUGUAAAUAUUUUAUGGGUUGACGAAAUACACGCCCGGCUUUAAUUAUGCGUAUUUCCUUACUAGAGUGGUGCCUAAAUGUGUCAGAACACCGACUUUAAAGGGAUCGUAAACCCCCAAAAAUGCUUACAAGGCCAGCAAACAGGGUAAGCCAACAGGACAUGAUGGUACCUGAUGAGUUGUAUGCUCUGCUCGCAUCCAUUCAUGCUGUAACAUGUAUGGCUGUCAGUGAGUCCUACAGGUCCAGUAACUUCAAUGUUAUUGGUGAUGAUAGUUAUGGGGAAAAAUGAUUUUAUUUACAUUUUAACCAGACAAAUCACCACUCAGAACCACUUAAAUUAGAAGGCGUGACAGGGUUGUAGAGUUUACGAGGUGACGUUUGUGAAUGUCAGAGGAUAUAACAGGACAGCUUCUUGGAAAAGACCCUUUUAGGCACAUAUCAAAUGGAUCCUGGUUUCCUCCACCUUUUUAAUUUAUUAGUGUCUCCUGUUACGGAGCUGUUUAUUUGACCUGGUAGGUCAGGCCAGGGUAACGGUCAAAACUAAAUGUGGGCCCAUUAUUGAGGUGCAACCCCCCCCCUUUGGUCCCAAAUGAUUUUGCAUAAUAUAUGUGUGGUGGCCUGGGAAAACCCUCCACGGUGGUAGAUUUUGACAUACAGGCCUUCCUGAACUGAAAUAUGUCUAUCCUGCAUGUAUUCCAAUUAAAGCCUGUUCAUACCCCAAAAAGGAAAAUAAAGAAAAUCACAUUUAAAGAUCCCUUUUAAAAGAUGCCCCACUUACCUGUAGAUUUAUGAACUCCUCUACAUUUGGAAAAACAUUACAGCCAAAUUUUGAGGAAUUACAGGUUUAUAAUGUGAAAUGAGUCAUCACUGUUGAUUAUCGGCAUCAUCCACAUCCACCUGAGCUAGAAGUCACUCGCAGCAUUUAACCACGAGCCUCAUCCAUGUCUCUUCUGACUGAUCACGGUUUAUGUUCACACUGGUGGGGAACUAAUUGCUGAGGGCUAGAUUUGACACUUAUGUUCAUUUCAGCAUGUUGGGUAGCUUUCGAACAAAGCGUGACAUUUACUGUGUGUGGAAGUCACACUUGGCUAGUGAGGUUUUUAGACGUCUUCAGGCAUUUCCUGCUGCGUUUGUUAAACUGGCUUCUUAACCGACGUGAUCUUUGCAGACAGCCAGGGCAAGGUAACCUAAAUGGAACCAUUUCUGUGUCGUUUAUGUAGAAUGUGUUUCUUUAGCGAUGUCACAGUGUAUUAUUCAGUCCCUACAGGAUUUUACAGUCGCAGAAAUGGAACGGCAAAAUCAAGGAAACUCUGCAAUUUUUCUCAGAUUUGGGCCAACACGAGUUGUGACCGCAUCAAAACGUGUAUUCAGCCAAAGCCCUAUUCGAUUCACCUGUGUCGAACAUGAGUACAGCUAAAAGGUCUCAGUUACCAGCAAACACCACUGAGAAAGACUGCGCAAAACUAUUUUGUGCAAUUGCAAUUUCGCCAAUUCGAGGAGUUUUCCGCAAAGAAGCACAAAAACGCCGCACAACUUUGAAAAAAGCCGCCGCAAGAUCGAGCAUUUUUGGACGCAACAGUGAAACCCUGUACUGACUGAUAAUCGUUAGGGGGUGGGGAAAAAAACCCCCCUAUUUUGGCUUUUUCUGGCCUUGUUUUUUUCUUCUUCUUUCUGUUUUCCAGAAUUUAAUCUCAGCGUCAUCCAACGGGUUACCCCAGACCGCCUGAUAUGUAUCCCUGAAAUCACCACAGGAUUAAACAAAUAAUAAUAUCAUCUCGUUUUAUGUUUAGAACAUUUGAAGGCACUUUUCAGUUUGGCCAAAACAGUCCCUUUGAAUGUUCCAAGAAAAAACCCACAUGCCUUAGUCAUCCUACAAAUUUAUUUUAAGCUUGCAAAAAGGCUCAUGCCAAAUGCAUGAAGGCUAACGUGGCCUCUUGUUAGCUUGAUUUGGAUGAGAUGGUAUUAUUUAUGUACGUUGAUCUCUGAGGUGAUAUUUUUUCCUUGAUCUCUUAAAAGAAUUUGUUGGCGCCUCAAUCGAGCACUCGAUACCUGCUCGACAGGAACUAUAUAAAAACAUGCAGGGCUAAACAAGGCUGUAACUGAGACCUUGUUUCAAAAUGUAAGAAAUGUGGACUGUCACCCUCCCCUCCUUUAUUCCUGUCUUUUCUUCUUCGUCUAGUAAGUUGUGUUAGCCAGGUUGCUUACUGCCCUUCUGAUGGCAUGCAGCAGUUGGCACAAUACUGUGAAUCUGGAGCCACUGUAGUUAGCCAGACUUUGUUUUCUUUCUGUAUAAACUAAAUUCAAAAAGACAAAGUACAGUAUGUGUGGUUUUUCAUGUUGGGUCUGAUGGUACACAUUGUGAGUUUCUGGUGAAUGGCGAUGGAACUGUUAAAGCCCCCAAACAGGACGUGUGGGAAUUUAUUCUUUUUGGGCUGUUUAAGUUGCUGUAGGUCCAGGUUUACAAUGUUUCUUGUAGCCGAUCACAACGUUUCCCUUUUGUUUCUUUGUUUAGAUCAAAUUCCAGCAUGACUAUUAAUCCGAGUUAAUUUUGAGUCAAUUUAUAGAUGUGCAGAUUGCACAGUUGGUGAUUUUGCUGCUAUUUAGGAUUUUUCUGGUUAAUUCUGAGCAAGCAAAAAAAAAAAAAAAAAGGCCAAUCUUGAUAUAGGCCAACUGAGCCAAUCCAUAAGAGAGAUUUUGCUAGGUAGGACUUUUUCAUUUGUAUAACACUAAAAUCACUGCUUUAGCUUAUUACUUAGUAAUAUAGCAGGGUUUACAAUUAUAUGGUCAUAUGUAUACAACAUAUGGUCCUUUCACCAGGUAGAUGGUGUCGUUUUUUUUUUUUUGUUUUUUUUUGGCUCGAGGCUAUAACGGACUUUAUGAGAUAAUCUGAUGAAUGUCCCUAAGCUCCAUCACUUUCAUACACAAAUGUUUGUAUGACUUUUUUUUUUUUUUUUACUAGAUCUCCUGUGCAGCAAAAAGGCUUUGUAGUCAUUUUUAAAUUGCCCAGAGCUGACUUUGUCCAAGUCUUGUUGAAAAGAUUUCCAAAAUACCAAACAAAAAUUAAGGAUUGGUAACCACUGCAUUUUCUGUCCAGACCAAAUUUGACCUAGAUAUCAUUCACAAAAUUGCAUCUUACUAUCAACAGAGCCAGUGUAAUGCAUCAGACCCUGAAUGUAAACUUGUAGAUUAUAUCAAAACACCAGCUAGAUUUAGUAAAAAUGUUCUAAACGAAUCAGGACAUUUCACAUUUUCUUCAGGCUCCAAAAAGGGCUGCUGCCUAUAAAAACCUACAUCACUUAUACAGCCCAUAAAGCUGUGACCUUUCAGCACACCUGCAACAUUUGCUUUGUGAUUUUUGGGAUUGUGGAAUAUACCAGUUUGAGAAUGUAAUAUAAAUGUGCCAACAAAUAAACAUCAGUAUUUCACAUUA